GUGCGUGGCGUGCGUGGAGCGCUGGCCUGGAAGAGCUGGACCUGUGAGGUGUGCGGUCGGGCGGUAGCCUGAGGUUUCGGCAGACAUGGCUCCCAACGUUCCAGCGGAAGAUUCGGCCCAAGAAUAUCCUAAAGGCAUCCGGGCCGUGCUGCUGGGGCCUCCCGGGGCUGGCAAGGGUACCCAGGCACCCAAAUUGGCCGAAAACUUCUGUGUUUGCCAUUUGGCUACUGGGGACAUGCUGAGAGCCAUGGUGGCUUCUGGUUCAGAGCUGGGAAAAAAGCUGAAAGCAACCAUGGAUGCUGGGAAACUGGUGAGCGAUGAAAUGGUGGUGGAACUCAUUGAGAAGAAUUUGGAGACCCCUUUAUGCAAGAAUGGUUUUCUUUUAGAUGGCUUCCCUCGGACUGUGAGGCAGGCAGAAAUGCUCGACGACCUCAUGGUGAAGAGGAAAGAGAAGCUUGAUUCUGUGAUUGAAUUCAGUAUCCCAGACUCACUGCUCAUCCGGAGAAUCACAGGAAGGUUGAUUCACCCCAUGAGUGGCCGUUCCUACCACGAGGAGUUCAACCCCCCAAAGGAGCCCAUGAAAGAUGAUAUCACUGGAGAACCUCUGAUCCGCCGAUCAGAUGAUAAUGAGAAGGCCCUGAAAAUCCGCUUGGAAGCCUACCAUACUCAGACCACCCCACUGGUGGACUACUACCGGAAACGCGGCAUCCACUGUGCCAUCGAUGCGUCCCAGACCCCUGAUGUCGUGUUUGCAAGCAUCCUAGCAGCCUUCUCCAAAGUCACAUGUAAAGACUUGGUUAUGUUUAUCUAAUGUUGGGUCCAAAAUGAAUUCCUUUCUUUUUCCUUUCCCUGUUGAGGAGGAGCAGGAUUGGAAGGACAGACAGAGGGAAGUUUACUCAGACCAGCAAGAUUAUCAUCUGAUGUACUGAUUAAAGAAGCAUUUUGCUUGAUGUAU